AUGGUUGAGGCAGUUACUCUAUGCCAACCCUCGUUCAUUCUAGGCAGAGGUUUGCCUUUUUGCUCGGAGAAAUUGAAGGUCAAGAUGAAGGACAGACGUUGCCAUUAUGCGAAAGCGGUAUUGAAUUCAAAACAAGAGCCAAAGAAGGAUCACAAUAAGCCUUUUACCGUGAACCUCAGUUCGACUUCUGAUGCACCUCUGUAUGAGUCCCUUGAGGUUACAUUUGAUCAGUACAUGGAGGAUCAAAAAAGGGUUAUUAAAGCACUCUUUCCAGACGCACAGGAUCUGAAACUUCACAAGAAAGAGUGGAGGAUUCAAUUGCCAACCAUGCAACUCUUGUUCAUGUCUUUCUACUUUGCAUUCUACAUCAAGUUAAGAUACAAAUCCAUGGGGAAAGACUACCCUCCUCAUGUUCCUCAUCACAUACCAAAGAUUAUUGAGCUUGAACUCACAAGAUGGGAACUUGGAGGGAUCUCUGAGGAGUACCAGCCAGGUGACUUGAGCCUCUCCCUCAAAGGAACCAUCUAUCCUGAUAGAAAGCAAGGGACACAAAGCAGGCUUAAAGGCCAGUUUGACAUGAACUUGAGCUUUAUUGUAUCACCUCUGCUUGGUUGGGUUCCUCAGAGUGUUAUGCAAGGCCUUACAGAAGCGCUGGUUAAGACAGCAAUGGUGGAUUCGACAUCAAAUGCCAGAUUGCUAGAAGACUAUGAUGAAUUCAAGAGGGAGAAACUCAAGAAUGUGGUUUAG